AUGCGCGAAUUCCAGUGAAUAAUGUAGAUGGGGUGUUGUUUUUGUCCGUCUUUCGACAACAUAUUUCAGGAUACUCCUUCGAGAACCUUUAGUUUACCUCUUUGUCUCCCCCAACACAAUCUAAACCGGUAUUUUUGAGUUGCUUUACGUUGCUUUGAGAACUUCUGCCCGCUGCUUUUUCUUUUCAAUAUACCCUUCAAAGGUCGCUCAUUCUCAGGGUAGCAAAGCCUUGCAAAUGCGUUCUCAGAAGCUUAGCGCCUUCGCCGGUAUUCUUGGACUGCUUGGAAUGGCCCGUUUCGUAACAGCUGGGGUGGUAUUUAUUGAGCCGUAUGCUAAAAUUGUCCACGCAAGCAUCACCUAGAUUUCCGUUCAAACUACCAAACUCUGCAAACUAACAUGGAGCCUCAGUUCCGAGCAACAGUAAUCGUACCCAGAGCACCAACUGUCGUUCAAGCCACUGGAAUUCAAUCCUUCUGGCCUGCGCUCGAACCCGCGAGCAGCGAUGCUAUCCUACAAAUAGUAUUCGCCAAUGAGGGGAAGGUAUUAGGUCAGUGGUCAUUCUUUGAGUAUUUCCAAGAUGGAAUUGCAUCUACUGGAGGUGAAAGGGUUCAUGGGAAGAAUAUUAAUGUGUAUCCGGGGGAUUUGAUCUCGAAUGGUUUUAUCUCGACGGACGAAAACGAAAUGUGGACAGGCGCGAUAAACGCUCAUAAAUGGUAUGUGAAUUGGAUUGUGAGGAGAGGCGCCGAGGGACUAGCGAAGGGUGAGAUAGAUGGCGAGGGUAAUGCUACGGUAGAUCUUUCAGCGCAUGGUAGGUUGGCUCUUCUAUUCGUCGAUAAAUGUAGGCGUACUUUGGUUAACACAAAACUUCAGCCGACAUGGGAGACUUCACGCAAGUACGUACCGUCUGCAUUUUCCUUUACUACUCUUCUAUGCUCCAACUCAACUUUAUUCCCGAGUCAAUUAACAUGCCCCAGGCUAUUCUUGCAACUGAGCUCAGCCGUGCGGCAAAGUGGGAGAUGGGUCCUAUAGAUUGGCAAAAUGUUAUGAUCCAAAUCGAAGGUACGAGUAGAGACUGGUGCAGUGUCGAUAAGCUUAUUCUCCUCAACGUUACACUUGGUAACGUGCAAGCCGUCGAUUUACUUCCAACGACUAAAGGGGCUACGUGCUUCUUCAAAGGUUUUACGGUUACGGAUACCAUAGCAACCGAGGAGGGUUUGGGACUCUAAGUGGGUAUAUAUUCUCCGCGCCUCGCAAUUGACCUGCCGGUUCUGCUGCUGAACGUAUGAAGAAAGUUCCUCAUUUAUCGCUGACGGGUUUUGAACAUGGAAGUAAACGGGGUGGAUGACGUCUUAACAGUUUAGUUGAAUGCAUUCUGUUUUACUCCCUAAAAUCCAACUCCAAAGUACUCAGAUAUCACAGUCACGAUUGCCCGGCGCAUUAAGACGCAUGCAAAUUGUUUAACUUGGACAUGUCACACGCGCUCUUGAUACAAAAUCUCAUAUCCUUUGCGAGAAGGGACGUAGAUUUCCGUUGGCUGGGUAUUCACUUAUGGGAUUACCUAGGGUGGAGAUAUGUUUUUAAUCUUAGACUAUGACUACAUUUAGUAUCUAGGUAAGAUUGAGCCGCUCUACAUGUUAUUAGCAAUUAGCAAAGCACCAUCUGAUACAUUAGUUAGAUUGCCUUGCAAGACGUGAGAGGGAUACAGAAUACAGAUAGGCGCUUAGUUUAUUGGGAGCUCACUCAUUCGCAAUCUUAUUCCGUUAAUAUGUCCGGGAAAGAAAUCAUUUAGAGCUGGCGUUAAGUGAAUGAAUCAGAUUAAGUGGAUAAAUUGCUUGCUGACGGAGCGAUACAU